AUGUGUGGUGGCUGGGCCUGUGCCUCCUACAAUAUCGCCUGCUGCAAUCCCCGUCUGUCGACACUGCGAUUCUCUGGCCGCUGUUUCGCACCCACGCCCUGCGGUCCAUGUGAUGACUGCUCCAUUUACGGCGGUUGCUGCGGUGGCUGCUGCGGGUGCUAGCUGAACUCUGACCUGGAGUAGCCACAGAGUUGGGUGGAGUCCGGAAUUUAACUUUCUUGAAGUAGGCCUUGGGAACUGCUGGCUGUUGUCAGCCAUGAAACAAACACCAUUCAGUCCCAGUCCAGUCCUUGUCGGAACAACAACCUUAAACUUUCACCGGGUUCCCACAUCCGUUUCCUAACCAUGUGUGGUGGCUGGGCUUGUGCCUCCUUCGACCUGGCCUGCAAUAAUCCUCCCUUGUCAACACUGCGUUUCACCGGUCGGGACUUUAUACCCACGCCCUGCGGUCCUUGCGAUAAGUGUUAUGUUCUAGAUACUAGCCGCAAGAAGAACACCAACAACUGCUAUGUUCCGCACAUCCUGUCCCCACUGGAUGCCCAGCUCUGCACACUGGCGAGUACUCAGAAAAAAAAGGAGGACGAGUAAUCGCCAGGAGGAAAUGCGGUCUUAUACUACUAAAAUUAUAAGUGUUGAUCUUCUUGUACCACCUAUUUCCAUGGGAAACCAAUAAAAAUUCAAGGGACUAAUACUGAA